AUGGGAUUUUCCUUAGACUCAUGUAUAAACGAACUCAAUCAAGCAACAGAAUCCAUUUCUACCCUUUACUUCAAACCACCUGGGAUUUUCCACAAUGCUGUCGUGCAUAACAUUGUUAACAAGAACACAGAAGAGUACAAAAGUCGUCUAACUAAGUUGAUCAGAGAUUGUAAUCCUAAGGAAGAAUUAUCUCUGUUUAAGGUCGACAAGAAUAAGAAAACAAUCAGAAGGAAAGAUGGGAGACAAGGUGUUUUUGAUUAUUUAUCAGAAAGGAACGAUAAGUUGAGAAGAAACAGAUAUAUGGGUUUACCCGAUGAAAAACCAAUUAUACAUGUUCCAAAGGAUUUCUACCUUAAACAACACAAUAAGGAGCUACUUGGGGAAAAAGGUAAAAAUCCAAAUGGGUUAUUUUUUGACAACGAUGUUGGAACCAGCAGAGUGAACGAUUCUGGUGUUUUCCAAAUUCUAACCUCGAAAUUUAAAGAUAACAAGAUGAUAAGUAAUUUACUAUAUGCACUACAGAACGGGAGUGUCAUGAUUGACUUGGAUGAUACGACAAGCCUUGGAAAAAGUGCCGCUUCAGAUAGAAGGAAAACAAUGUUUGUAGAAGACUUCUCUACUGAGCUAAUACUGAAUGUUUUGGACGAGAUUGCUAAUCAGUGGCCAAUGGCUGAAUAUAAAGAAGGCUACAUGGAACUCCAAAAUCAAUAUACACAUCUGAACACUAAAAUUGAGGUACUACGGAAAGAAUUUGAAUCACAAAACGAUCAACUGGAUACACAAUCAAAAAGAAACUCCUCCUCAUCAACGGUAAUAAAUAAAUUAAUUGAAAAGGAAAAAAGAGAUAUAGCCAAAUUAAGGGAUGAGAUUGCAAAGUUAGAAUCCAAAGAAUGA